AUGGGACCAAAUGAUCUUAUGAUUCAUGUUAAUAGCGACUUCUAUUACGCAUCACCAAAUCUUUAUGCUUACACAGCGUCUCCGGAUACAAAAUAUUUACAAGUGCAAUCUCCUGACUCAAUUUACAAUCCUACAUCACAUCAUUAUAAUAAUCCGAUGAUAAAUAAUUCAUUACUACAAGAAUCUAUUGAUCUUGAGAACGAUAUAUUCAUGUCUUCUACACCUUCAUUUAAUUGCACACCAACCUUACAACCUCAAUUAGUGGACUCUUAUAUGUUAGAAAAAGCUAUAUAUCAGAACGAUAUAAUGCUCAGUCCCACCGAUGCACCUUCUGGUUUAGAUUCUCCUAACAACAAUAUCAACGAUUUUGGUGAGAAUAUGGAUGACAUUCACAGUCCUAUCGAAGAUAUUUAUGGUGAUAAACUUCUAAUGGAAGAUGAUGGAACUCGUAUGGAAUCAGAUUCUUCUAUUGUUGAAACAAUAUCUUCUUCUCAAACAAGUCCUCCUUCAACAGCUCCUUCAUCCCCUAAUCAACAAUCUAAUUCCACUACUAACAACAAUAAUACUCCUCUUUGGCGUCGUACUCCUGACAGGAUGCACUCUUUAUGUAACGCUUGCGGUUUAUAUUAUAAACAAUAUAAUACUCAUCGCCCAUUACAUAUUAGGAAUAAGCCUCAUACUGCUACUGCUCCAAUUAGGUGUGUUAAUUGUGCUCAAACUCAAACUCCUUUAUGGAGAAAGAAUGAAAAAGGUCAACCUAUUUGUAAUGCUUGUGGUUUAUAUGCUAAAUUACAUAAUAGAGAUCGUCCUGUUGCCAUGAGAAAGGCAAAGAUUCAACGUCGUAGAAGAGACUGGGGUGCCAAUAACGGAAAUCCUAACGGAGGAAGUGGCGGUGGUGUCAAUAGUAGUAGUAGUCUUGACGGUUCAGGUUCUGACGGUUCUUGCGACUCAAAUCCACAAAGUCCAAUCUCUCCUCAUCAACAACAACAUCAUCACGCUCUCACCAUCCAAACCUACUUAUCUGCAGCCGCUGCUGUUCAUCAACGUCCAUUAAUGCCUAUGAUGAUCAAUCCUGCUAUAUCUCCACUUUCGGCGACUAAUCCUAAUGCAUCUUUAACUAAUGUUACCUCUCCAAUAACAAUGGUCCCAGCCACUUCUCUUCAUCAUCAACAAGCUUAUCCUUUUGCUGCUCCACAAUUUGAUUUUGAUGACUCUAGAUUUAGAGCUUUGGUUGAUAAAAUGCCUAAAAAACAAGCUGAAGCUUUUCUUACUGUAUUGGAAAGACGAUGCGGGAUUUUGAAACAAAUCGUUGAAAAUGAAAAUAAUGAUUGUUAG